AUGUCGAACGUGGUGGUGUUAGACAACGGCGGCGGCCUGAUGAAAGCUGGAAUGGGCGGAGAGCGCGACCCGUCGUGCGUAGUCCCCAACUGCACGGCCCGACCGCCGUCCUCCAAGAAAUGGCUACUGGCUGACCAACUCCUCUCCCCGGCGGAGGAUCUCACCUCCGCCACCCUCCGACGCCCAUUUGACCGCGGCUACCUCAUCAACCCUGAUCUCCAGUCAACCUUGUGGGCCCACGUCUUCACUAACCUCCUUAAAAUAACCCCCUCCAGUACCUCCCUUCUAUUGACUGAACCCCUCUUCAAUCUCCCCUCCAUCCAACGCUCAGUCGAUGAAAUCAUCUUCGAGGAGUUCAAUUUCAAGGCCCUUUUCGUGGCCGAUUCCCCGUCAUUGGUUCAUUUGUACGAAGCUUCGAGAAGGCCAUAUGGGUUGGUCUCGAAGGCACAAUGUAGCUUGGUGGUGGACUGCGGUUUCAGUUUCACUCACACUGCUCCGGUUUUUCAGAAUUUUACCCUAAAUUAUGGGGUGAAAAGACUAGAUCUUGGGGGGAAGGCACUCACAAAUUAUUUGAAGGAAUUGGUGAGUUAUAGGAGUGUGAAUGUGAUGGAUGAGAGCUUCAUUAUGGAUGAUGUUAAAGAGAAGCUUUGCUUUGUUUCUCUUGAUGUCCCCAGAGACCUCCAGAUUGCUAGGAAACAUGGAAAGGAUAAUGUAUUUAGGUGUACUUACGUGCUUCCUGACGGUGUCACCUAUACGAAGGGUUAUGUAAAAGACCCAGAUGAAUCAAAGAGACACCUCACCUUAGAUGAUGAGGUCCCUUCUUCCCAGAGAGGAGAAAAUGAUUACAUAGAACAACAGGAUCGUACGGAUAAAAAUCAAGACAGAAGAACAGUCGACCUAACAAAAAAUGAAUUUAAUUUGACAAAUGAGCGGUUCCUUGUUCCGGAGAUGAUAUUUCGACCAGCUGAUUUGGGAAUGAACCAAGCAGGACUUGCAGAGUGUAUUGUACGAUCUGUCAAUUCCUGUCAUCCUCAUCUUCACCCUGUGCUGUAUGAGAGUAUUAUUUUGACUGGUGGGAGCAUAUUAUUUCCUCGAUUUGCUGAAAGACUAGAGAGGGAGCUUCGACCUCUUGUUCCUGAUGAGUACCAAGUGAAGAUAACAACUCAAGAAGAUCCAAUAUUAGGUGUUUGGCGUGGGGGUUCACUUUUGGCAUCUAGUCCCGAUUUUGAAACAAUAUCAUCAAGUGUCCAGAACAACAUACCAAAUGUGCCACUAUUGCAUUACAAAUCCGUAAAGUUUGCAUUCAGGCCUCGAAAUUGCAAGGAAGAUGAGGUUGAAGAAGUAACAAGUUGCAAUUGA